GGGUUUUUGAGGAAGUCAUUUCAAAAGAGGUGGCACCUGACUCUUAACGCUAUAUAAAACCCCCACAGUACAGCUGUCAAAGACAAGCAUGUCACACACAGACUGAUUUCCUUACAAAGGGAAUCUUUUAGAAUUUCACCAUGGGCACGACAGAGUUCAUGUUUGAUUACGUAUCUACCGACUAUGCAAACUACACGGAAUAUAACGAGACGUAUGACACGAUUCACAUAGAGGAGUCUCACGAUGUACACCACAGUUGUUUUGAAGAGAUUCCAUGCAUGUUGUUGCUGGUGGUGAAUGUGAUCAUAAUCCUGCUGGGGAUUGUGGGAAAUGGUGUGGUGAUCUGGAUAGCAGGGUUUAAGAUGAAGAAGACUGUUAAUACCACCUGGUACCUCAGCCUAGCCAUUUCUGACUUCAUAUUUUGUGCCACCUUGCCCUUCAACACCUUCUACAUAGUCACAUCUGACUGGACCUUUGGACUUUUCAUGUGUAGGUUCACCUCCUUCGUAAUGUUCCUCAACAUGUUCAGUAGCAUCUUUCUUCUUGUCAUCAUCAGUGUGGAUCGCUGCAUGGCUGUCAUGUUCCCUGUUUGGGCACAGAACCAGCGUACCAUAAGGAAGGCUUCACUGAUAGUCCUUGUCGCAUGGAUCUUAGCAGUCUCCUUGAGUAUCCCAUCCAUCAUUUUCCGUGAAGUAAAGCACCAUCUAGGCAGAACCCGGUGUCACAAUAAUUACAGUAGUCAGGACAUUCACUCAUCUGUAGCCAUCUGCCGAUUUAUUUUUGGCUUUCUUAUACCUUUUCUGGUUAUUAUUGUCUGCUACUCAGUCAUCAUCUUCAAGCUGAGAAGCAACCAGAUGGCAAAGUCUACCAAGCCGUUCAAAAUCAUGACCGCUCUCAUCGUAACUUUCUUCAUCUGCUGGCUGCCAUAUCACACAUUCGUGCUAGCUGAACUGACCCAGAGCCUCUCUAAUGAUGUUAUUGUCAUUGGGUUCAAGAUUGGAACAUCAGUUGCUUCAGCCAACAGCUUCCUCAAUCCGAUUCUUUACGUAUUCAUGGGCAAUGAUUUCAGGCAGAAGUUUAAGAACUCCAUCCUGUCUAAGAUCGAGAACGCAAUAGGAGAGGAAGGACGCACUGUGAGCCGCUACUUAUCCCGAUCCAGUUCUGUGGACACCAGAGCAUCAACUCACAUCUGAUAUGACCAUAGAACCCAUAUAGGAGAAUCAGGUCAUGGUUCAGUUGUACAUACUGUAUUUCAAUAGGUCAUGUUCUGGAGGGAAAUGUUUGAAUAUUUCACCUUUGAAUAAUUCACUGUGAUUCAAUUCAAUUCAUUUUUAAUUGUAUAGCACUUUAUAUAUUCACAAACAGACGCACAGAAAUCCAGAUGAAAAAGCCAAUGAAAAGGCAAUCAAAAAAAAAAAAACCCUGAGUGAGACGACAUGAGGAAACCGAACGCAAUUGUGUUCUUUUUAAAUAGAUUUCAGAGAAGAACUGUAAUAAGUAUAGAAUUAAAGAUGAAACAUUUUCUCUUGCUCUAGCAGGUAUUUUAAGGACUACAUGUAUGGAUGGAAUAAUCUAUUAAUCUAGUAACCGUUAAACAAUUUCAUUUGUACUUCAUCUUCUUUCAAAUUGUCUAAUGGUUUAUGAAUCAUCUUACUAAUAUGUUCUUAGUUUUGUCUAUGGCAAAAUGUAAUAAAAACAUAGGUCAUAAAAAGAAAA